AUGCUAGUAUAUGCAGCCUCCAUAAUCGCCCCACUUUUGUGCUUCCUUUAUUUCUUCUAUAGGAGACGAUGUUGCAAACAUCCUGUUUUAGUAGACUAUCCUAUCCUUGGCAUGCUACCAACAGUUCUUUUGAAUGUGUGGCGAGCGCAUGAUUGUUUCACUGAGAUAAUGAAACGAAAUGGGGGCACGGGGGAGUUCAAUGGACCUUGGUUUACCAACAUGAACUAUGUCGUCACUAUUGACCCCAUCAACGUGCACCACAUGAUGAGCAAGUGUUUCGACAACUACGUUAAGGGUACUGAGUUUCGUGAGAUUUUUGAUGCUUUUGGAGAUGGGAUAUUCGCUGCUGAUUCAGAGGGAUGGAAAUACAGUAGGUCUCUGUUCCAUUCUUUGUUUAAACAAAGAACCUUCGAGGUGUUUAUCGGGAAAACCAUUCAGAGAAAGAUGCAUGAAAGCCUUCUUCCAAUAUUGGAUCAUGCACAACAACAAGGGAAGGUGGUGGAUUUACAAGAUGUUUUCAAUAGGUUCACUUUCGAUAACAUAUGCUACAUAGUUUUAGGAUAUGAUCCUAAUUGUCUUUCUAUUGAUUUCCCUGAAGUUGCAAUCGAGAAGGCUUUUACCCAAAUAGAAGAGUCCAUAUUCUACCGACACGUGGUGCCAAGAAGUGUUUGGAAGUUAAUGAAAUGGUUUCAAAUUGGUGCAGAGAAGAAGAUGACAGAGGCAUGUAAAACCUUUGAUCAAUUCUUGUAUGCAUGUGUGGCAUCAAAGCGAGAAGAGCUAUGCAAGUCCUCCAAUGAAAAUAAUGAAGCUGAUCAUGUUGACUUCCUUACAUCUUUGAUGAAAGAACAAAAGGGACGAGCACAUGAUGACAAGUUUUUAAGGGAUGCUGUGUUCAAUAUUUUUGUAGCAGGAAGAGAUACCAUAACUUCAGCUCUCACAUGGUUCUUUUGGCUUGUUGCUACAAACCCAUUAGUGGAAUCCAAGAUUCUUGAAGAGAUCAAGGAUAUCUUUGGUGGUAAUGAAAAGAAGGUAGGGGAUAUAAGCGUGGAGAAGGUGAAAAAGCAAGUUUAUCUUCAUGGUGCUAUAUGUGAAGCAUUGAGGCUUUUUCCUCCAAUACCUUUUGAGCGCAAGCAAGCAAUAAAAGCUGAUACACUUCCUAGUGGACACAGUGUCAAUCCCAAUACAAUGAUAUUGUUAUCUUUGUAUGCAAUGGGGAGAUUAGAAGAUGUAUGGGGAAAGGAUUGUUUUGAGUUCAAGCCAGAAAGAUGGAUCUCAAAGAGAGGAGGCGUUGUUUAUGCACCAUCUUACAAAUUCAUUGCUUUUAACGCAGGACCCAGAACUUGUUUGGGCAAAGACGUGUCCUUCAUUCAGUUGAAGAUGGUGGCCACUGCUAUUUUGCUCAAUUAUCGAGUUCAAGUGGUAGAAGGUCAUCUUGCUACUCCUAGUUCUUCAAUUGUUCUCCUUAUGAAGGAUGGUUUGAAGGUUAGGAUAACAGGAAGGAGUCAGUUUGUCCUUAAUGAGGUGACUCAUGGCAUUAUGUCCUUUGUGCUAGAAAUAUAUCAAUUUGCAUCAGAAUAUGAUCACAAUAUGGCAAGACAUGUAUGGGAGAUGACAUGCAAUGAUCGCUAUCCAGACAUGUUGAAAAAGGCAAGGGCUAAAGCACUAGUGGUUGCAAACUCUACAAAUUUGACUGAUGCAAAGGGUCAUGGGCCUAAGGGAAUGAAAACUGAAGUUUGGGAUGGAUUAGUUGACAUCUGGUUGUCCCCUCAAUGGCAAAGGAAGUCAGAAGUUGCUCGGAGGAAUAGAGCCUCCAUGCCUAACGUUCAUGGCUUGGAUCACGACUUAGAGUUGUCAAAUGAUGGAUCAUUAACGUCUACAACCCCAACAUGUGCUACUUCCUCUUCUGUGUCUACUCCAUCACAAGUAGUCAUAGAUGCAGCUGUAAAUGCAGCAAUGACAUCUUUUGUUAGUACUCAGUUGGCACUGAUGUUGGAGGGAAUUUUAUCCCGGUACACUGGCCUUCAAGCUCCAAAUUUAACUCCAAUACCACCCCCUUGA